UGUUCCUGUAAAACUUGGAAAAUCUAUGGUGUUAGAGGAUGUCAAGCUUUCUGCGAAUAGAUUCCGAGGUGACAUACCUAAGGAAAUAUUUAAUUAUCAAAAUUUGACCUUCAUUGAUCUUAGUGCAAAUAACCUUGAGGGGCCUAUUCCUAACUCGAUUGGUAAUCUCACAAAGCUGAAUACUUUGAUUCUGUCCGCCAACAAUUUGACUGGAGAAAUCCCCAAAACUAUUGCAGACAUUCCAACUCUGUAUAGGUUUGCAGCAAAUCAAAAUGGGUUUGUUGGUGCAAUUCCCAGUGGAAUUACGAAAUAUCUUACUCUUUUAGAUCUUAGUUAUAAUAAGUUAAGUGGGUCUAUUCCAUUAGACCUCUUAUCACAGUUGAAUUUGAUAUCUGUGGAUUUGUCUUAUAAUCUGUUGGAUGGUUCAAUACCUAGAAAUAUAUCUCAAAACUUGAUCAGACUGAGAUUGGGAAGUAAUUUGCUUAAUGGGUCAAUACCUUCUUCACUCACUUCAUCUCAUAAGUUGACUUACUUGGAGAUGGAUAACAAUAGCUUGACUGGUGCGAUACCUACUCAGUUAGGUUCUUGCCAAGGUUUGGCUCUCUUGAAUUUGGCUCAGAAUAAUCUCACGGGUAGUUUACCGGUGCAAUUGGGUGAUAUUAGCAAUCUUCAGGUUCUGAAACUACAACUCAACAAGCUGGCUGGAGAAAUCCCAUUAUCUCUCUCUCAAUUACACAAGCUGUCAAUUCUUAAUAUCAGCUGGAAUUCACUUACUGGUUUCAUACCUUCUUCCAUUUCAAACUUGCAAAGCCUUUCCCAUUUGGACUUACAAGGCAAUAAUCUUAGGGGUUCAAUACCUGACAGUAUCCGUAGCAUGAAUUCUCUGUUAGAGCUCCAACUCGGAGAAAAUCAACUAGGUGGGAGGAUUCCAACAAUGCCAGCAAAACUGCAGAUUGCUUUGAAUCUCAGCAGCAAUCUCUUUCAAGGGGCUAUUCCGAAUACACUUUCCCAACUCGGGGAUUUGGAAAUUCUGGAUCUUUCAAACAACAAAUUCUCGGGUGAGAUUCCAAGUUUUCUUACUCAAUUGGGAUCACUUACACAGUUGAUACUCUCAAACAAUCAGCUUUAUGGAGUCAUACCUGAAUUCAAGCCUUGGGUUUCUGUCAGUGCAAUUGGAAAUGCAGAUCUUAGUAAUGCUACUAGGGAAAACAAUUCCCCAAAGUUCACAAAUACUAAGAAAUCAGUUGCUGUGGCAGUAAUUAUUGCUGUUGCAGCUGCUGCUGUUGUUGGGAUGAUGACAUUGAUUUUUGCAAGUGUACGAAAUCGCAACAUGUAAUAUAGAGUGAAGAAGUAUCGUAUCCACAGGGAUUGUAUAUCGAGUACCAAAAUUAUGUUAACCUAUUAUUAUUUAAACGA